AUGUCUUCUACCGGGCCUUGGUAUCUCGGCCUCGACCUCUCAACACAACAGCUCAAGAUCUCCAUAGCGGACGACAAUGAGGACCUCGUACUCGAGCAUGCCGUUCACUUUGACCGCGAUCUGCCCCAGUACGGUACCAAGAACGGUGCUGUCCGCGGGCCCGAGCCCGGAGAGAUGCUGUGCCCGGUCGCGGUGUGGAUCGAAGCUGUCGACUUUCUGAUGGACGGACUGAAGAAGGAAGGUGUCGACCUUCACCGGAUUGCGGGCGUCUCCGGUGCAGCCCAGCAACACGGUUCGGUCUACUGGACACAGGAGGCCGAGCAGCUACUCGAGUCCCUCGACCCGGGUAAGACGCUCACCGAGCAGCUCGGGAAGGCCCUCUCUCAGCCGACUGCCCCCACCUGGCAGGACUCCUCCACCACUAAGGAAUGCCGGCAGCUCGAGGAGUACGUUGGAGGCGCCCAGAAACUGGCCGAUAUCACCGGGAGCCGCGCAUACGAGAGGUUCACCGCAUCCCAGAUUGAAAAGGUGUGGAAGAAGAAACCAGAAGUGUACGCCAAGACAGGUUACAUCUCCCUCGUAUCGUCAUUCCUUGCCUCGCUCUUCCUAUGUUCCAUCGCGCCAAUCGAAGUAUCCGAUGCGUCCGGGAUGAACCUGAUGGACAUCGAGACGAACAAGUGGGACGAGAAGCUGCUGGAGGCGAGCGGUGGGAAGGAGCUGAGGGCAAAGCUUAAGGGCGAACCCGUGCCUGGAGGAACCGUCCUGGGCAAGGUUGGCAAGUGGUGGGUAGACCGGUACGGUCUCAACCCCGAUUGCAUCGUAGCUCCUUUCACGGGCGACAACCCGUCUUCCAUCGUCUCCCUUUCUUCGCCGGGCGACGCUAUACUCUCCCUCGGCACAUCAACAACCUUCCUCGUCUCCGUUCCUCCAUUGGGUACUCUGCCCGCGCGCACAACCACCUCGCACCUGCUCGCGCACCCCACCGCACCCGGUGGCUCCAUCAUCAUGCUCUGCUACAAGAACGGUGCUCUCACGCGCGAGCAAGUGCGGGAUCGUCACGCACACGGCUCAUGGAGCACGUUCAAUGCCCAGGUGCUUGAGACGCCGACGGGGAACAACGGUUAUUCGGGCUUCUACUUCCCUCUCCCCGAGAUCAUCCCCGAUGGCGUACAGGGCGACUUCUUCUACAAAGAUGGCAAUCCGAUCGAAUCCAUCCCCGAGAACGCACAUUCCCGCGCCGUCCUCGAGUCUCAGCUUUUGUCCAUCCUCGCCAGGCUGAAGGAUAUCAUGCCGAAGGACUCAGCCCCGCUUUCCAGACUCGUAGUCACGGGGGGCUCGUCCGCCAACCCCGUCAUCCAGCAGAUCUCAGCCGACAUCCUCAACCUCCCAGCAUACAUCGCAAAUACUUCGGCGAGCGCGACGGUCGGCGGAGGUUUUCUCGCCAAGUUUGCGCUCUGGAAACAGUCACACACCGGGACGUUCGAGCAGAUGCGCCUGCAGGACGUGCACGAUCAGUUUACCAAAGCGGCCGAACCGGACCCUGUAGCUGUCAAGACGUACCACGAGCUCUUGCCUACGUACCGGUCGUGCGAGGCACAGGUGGUCAAGGCGUGUGCGGCGAAGCGGGUGUGACGUGGGUUUCGGACUGCUACGGACUAUGGUGACAUGAGUAUAAAG